AUGGAUUUCUCUUCGUUCGUAACAUCUCUUGGUACUUCCUUUUUGGUGUUUUUCGUUUUGAUGAUUUUGUUUACUUUUUUAAGAAGUAAACCUGGAAACAAUGUGGUGUACUAUCCUAAUAGGAUCAUUAGGGGUUUGGAUCCAUUUGAAAGUGGAUAUAAGUCAAGAAACCCUUUCUCUUGGAUUAUAGAAGCUUAUUCUUCUUCUGAACAGGAUGUUAUUGAUAUCUCUGGUGUUGAUGCUGCUGUUUACUUUGUCUUUCUCAGCACUGUAUUCAUUAUCCUAAUAUUAGCCGGAAUUAUUCUGUUACCGGUUCUUCUACCUGUUGCUAUUACCGAUGGUGGUGGAAAGAAACAAUCAGUUAGCAAAGGGACUUUCAAUGAACUUGACGAGUUAUCGAUGGGAAACAUCACGGCAAGCAGUGCGAGGCUGUGGGCGUAUUUUAUCGCCUGCUAUUGGAUUUCACUUGUUUCGUUAUUCUUCUUAUGGAAGGCUUAUAGACAUGUUUCGUUUCUGCGUUCCGAAGCUUUCAAGUCUCCUGAUGUAAAGCCCGAGCAGUUUGCGAUUGUCGUGAGAGACAUUCCUCCUGUUCCUGAGGGUCAGACUAGGAAGGAACAGGUUGACUCUUAUUUUAAAAGCAUAUAUCCGGAAGCAUUUUACAGGUCUAUGAUUAUAACAGACAAUAAAGAGGUGAACAAGAUUUGGGAGGAGCUGGAAGGGUAUAAGAAGAAGCUUGCUCGUGCCGAAGCAGUAUACGCAGACUCAAAAACAACUGCUAAACCAGAAGGUACAAGACCGACCAACAAGACUGGCUGCCUUGGAAUUCUAGGUAAAAAAGUGGACAGCAUAGAGUAUUGCAAUGAAAAGAUUAAUGAAUUGGUUGCGAAAUUAGAAACUGAGCAAAAGGUGACUCUCAAAGAAAAGCAACAAAAUGCUGCUAUAAUUUUUUUCUCAAACAGGGUGGUUGCAGCAUCUGCGUCUCAGAGUUUACAUGCGCAAACGAUUGAUAGAUGGUCGGUUUUCGAUGCUCCUGAACCCUGUCAACUACUAUGGCCUAAUUUGAAAAUCAAGUAUUUUCAAAGAGAAAUGAGGCAGUACUUGGUGUAUUUCAUUGUUGCACUCGCCAUAUUCUUUUACAUGAUUCCCAUCACGUUUGUAUCUGCAUUUACGACUUUGAAGAAUUUGGUGAAACUUCUCCCGUUCCUAAAACCAGUUGUGAAAAUCCCCGCUUUGAGGACAGUGCUCGAAGCUUAUCUCCCUCAAAUUGCACUGAUAGUUUUCUUGGCUAUGUUACCGAAGUUGCUUAUGUUUCUGUCUAGAUUAGAGGGCAUUCCAACCGAAAGCCAUGUUGUCAGGGCUGCUUCUGGAAAAUAUUUUUAUUUUACGGUGUUGAACGUUUUCAUUGGAGUUACUUUAGGUGGAACCUUGUUCGAAACAUUCAAGCAAGUUCAGGAUAAACCGAAAGAUAUUGUGCGCUUGCUAGCGGCGAGUCUUCCAGGCAAUGCUACUUUUUUCUUGACCUACGUCGCACUGAAAUUUUUUAUCGGCUACGGCCUUGAGCUGUCCCGGUUAAUUCCUCUUAUUAUCUACCAUUUGAAGAAAAAAUUUCUAUGCAAGACUGAAGCUGAGUUGAAACAAGCUUGGGCUCCUGGAGAUCUUUCUUAUGCAACAAGAAUUCCCAGUGACAUGCUGAUUGUCACAAUUGUUUUCUGUUAUUCUGUUAUUGCUCCUCUUAUCAUCCCAUUUGGUGCUCUCUAUUUUGGCCUCGGAUGGCUCGUAUUGCGAAAUCAGGCUCUCAAAGUAUAUGUACCAGCAUAUGAAAGUUAUGGAAGAAUGUGGCCGCACAUAAAUAACCGUAUAAUAGCAGCUUUGAUAUUGUACCAGAUAACCAUGCUUGGAUACUUUUCGGUGCAGAAGUUCUACUAUGCACCAUUAUUGCUUCCUCUUCCAAUAAUGUCGAUAUUAUUCGGCUUUGUCUGCGCAAAGAGAUUUUAUCCAUCGUUUCAAAAUCAAUCACUUGAGGUUGCAGCAGCUUCAGCGCUUAAAGGAGUUCCAAACAUGGAAUUGAUGUUCAGGGCUUUCAUUCCUCCAAGCUUGAGUUCUGAGAAAAUCGAGGAUGAUCAGUUUGAAGAUUUCGAAGAUGCACGGUCUCAGGUUUCAAGAUCAACAUCAUUUGUUUGA